CUGACGUAAGAUCAGCUGCUCUCGGUAUCUAUGUGCACCCAGCCCCUUGAUACGCUUAGCUUGUUUAUUAUGAAAAAAAUAUUAUGGAGCAGGUAAAAACGAAGAAGAGAGCUCGAAAGAAGCAACAACCCCUUCACAAAGGUGAAACUUCUGCUGACUCGGCUGCCGUAGCAACAGAUGUUGAAGCAAGUGGUGCCGUAAACAAACCAUUGUGUGAACGCACUCGAACUGGUGAUAGCUGCGACGCACCUUUCGCUGCACCCGAUACCGCGCGGCCGUCAUCUGCGCAUCCGGACAACGCCCGUUCGCCUUCAUACGCUGAAGCCGAUAAUGAACGGCAGAACGAAGCUUGCCACUCGGAAGACAGUACUGGGCUUUUUACGGCAACAUCAGAAGUUUCCUACGAGGAACCGACGAACCGUGAUGGCACAGACCUGCAACAGAGUUCCUGUCGUGAACUACCGAGCAAUGGGGAGCACAACAUCGCGCAGCCGUCGGAGGCACCGAUCUUGACACUCCAACCUGAGAUACAAAGCAAAGAUUUGGGCACUGCACCGAUCUCGGCCGUCCAACCGGAGGUAAAGGCCGAGGAAUUCAGUACUGCACAGCUGUCAAAGGCACCGAUUGCGAUAGUCACACCUGAAGUAAAUGCUGAAGAGCUGAGUACUGCGCAGCUGGCGGAGACACCACCCUCGACCGUUCAGCCUGAGGUACCAACUGCCCCAAGCGAAUGUUUCGGUAACCUUUAUGCAUUUCCCACCUCUCCUGGCGCAAAGAGCUCGGUGGACAUUCGUGAUUCAGGCAUCGAAGAAAGUGCCGCUGCCACUGCCCGUUGCGAUGAUGCGCAUGGAAGAAGCAAAAGCUUUGGCAGGCUUUACCCUGAGCUUUCAGAGAUACCGAAAAGCCGAACGACUAUGCGCCCAUUCACUGAAGAGCAGGUAAUUGCUUUGUACCAAAAUGCCUGGCUUUAUGAAAGAAAAACAUUAGUGGCGGAAUUCGUAAGCCUGAAUCAAGAAAAGAGACUGAACCAUCAUGAACUCUACAAGCUCUUGGAAAACUACCUGCGAUCCAGAGAACUACUUGCUGCUACAGUGUGCACUGUGCGUGAACUGGAAGAGGACAUUGGGAAGCAUGAAGCCUGCGUGUGGGACAUUGUGCCGGAUGUUGUUACUGGAAAAGGGAGGUGUGCAGAUAACAAACGAGUUACUGGGGAGCAUUAUUUUCAGCGUGCCCUAUAUAAUGAUGAUGCGGCGUCACUGCUCACAUCGUCAUCUCAAAAGCUACUCAAGUUACUCGCAGAGAAGCAUGUUCUGUACAUGCACAAUGCUAGCACUCUACGGAUCCAAAUUGAUUACUACUUUCAAGUGAUGCUGGAUAAACCUACAUUUCGGGACAUACCAAAGAACAUGCCCAUUAGUGCUGGGACACAGCCACAGCUCACAGAAGAUGUUUCUCAGCUGAGAACCUGCAUUAGUGUGCUUUUCGUGUUUCUGAGAAAGGCAGUUCAAGAUGAGGUAUUUGUGAAUGAUGUGCAGUCAUGGCUUCGUAUGCUGGCCAGCCUCUUGUUACGUGUAGCCUCACUUGCGGACCACUUUUUUUUGCUGUGCCAUGUGUUACGCUGUCCUCCAGGAAUACACAAGUGGGCCAUCAGCUUAGUCCAAGUGCCAAGCCCAUUGCCAUGGAAUGAACACACUGACUGGCACCAAGCUACCCUGGGCUGCCCACAACUAGACUAUGCCUUGGCCGCUCUGGCAACAGUUCUGUUGCCAGUAGAAAAUCGUGAAGAGUACCUGCAACCUCUGCAGAGUGCCUUAGAUGCUGCUGCUGGACAAGACCCUUGGGUAGUACUUGAUUCUGAUGGAGAAGAGGAUGAUCCACCUUCUGUGGUUUAUUGGAGGGAGAAUGAUGUGGUUGCUCUGGUGAAUCAAGUACCUUUCGCUACUAUUUUCCGACACCUUCUUUUUGUUACACCUGAAGAGUAUGAUGUGACUCGGAGUUCAGAACAAAGUGUUCUUAAACUAAUUGCAGUGGCAUCACAGCUGGUCUCAAUCUUCCAUACUGGACUGAAGACGUAUAACCAUUCAAGGUACAGGCAGCUAACAAAAAGAUUCAGUCGCCUGAUUCGUCACACAGUUCAGUAUGUGUCAGACCACUGGAGGUGCUUCCGGCUAAUGCAAGCACAAAGUGCAGGGGACUCUGCUCUUCUAAUGCGGCUUCAAGUUGAGUAUGAUCAGUUCUUCCUGCGUGCGGUAAACUGCAUAUUCUACUCACAGAGCACUGGUGCGUGGCAGUUUAUGGCUAUCCUUCCGUACACUUCAGUAUCCACUGUGAUGCUGUGGCAGUUACUCUGGCUUCUGCACAACAGUUACCAAGAGGAGGUUCAGAAUACCCUUUUAGCUCCAAGUGAAAUCUGUGAAAAGCUGCAAGACAAAAGCCAUAAACUGUGCUUUGAGGAAAAACUGUGCAGCAUGCCCCAGUCAGAAGUGUACUUCUUGAUGACUUCAUUUGCUAACAUGGCUGCAUCUCGAGAGGAGGAAGGGCGUGCUUUUGCACACAUUGUGGCCAUUGAAAUAUUUCAGAUUACUUACCUCAAUAGAAACUUGAGGCAGCAGUUUGCUAAGGAAGGACGGGACUUGCUGUCAUCACUUGCACAGAAACAACCAUGUGUUGUGUCAGUACUACUGGACGCAGUCGAUGACCACGUGAUGGCACUGGGCACGAUGGCAUGCUACCUAAUGCAAGCCAUGCCACUACACCUAUGGCUGCCUGACAAACAAGACCUGGAUGUGAUUGCCCAUUUUCUCCUCUAUUACCCUCUUGAUUCUCCGCAGAGUCAGCUGGCUCGACUGCUGAUUGAGAACCUCAACUACGGAUUUGGUGAACAAGGCCAACUCUUUCUUGAUCAAAGCCUGCACCAACAGCUUGCAUUGCUACUGCUUGAAGCCUAUGAAAAGAUUUGUGUGCCAUUUGAAGCUGCAGGGUAUGUUUACAAGCAGGUCCGCUACUUGUCCUACUUGGCCACAGGUACUAAUGGAGAGUCUUCUACACCCAUGGGAUUUGUCUCCUGGAUUUGGACAAUCAUGUUUCGACUAAAGCUGCAUGCUUUUGACAGUAGACACCAAGGCCAGCUGCGCCUUAUCCUUGAUGAAAAUCCUCCCCAAGACAUUGCACCAGACUUGGAACAGUGCGAGUGGCUACACCCUAUUUUUCAGGCCAGCAAGAACCUCUGCCCUCCAGCUGUCUUCUUGUCCAUUUCUGUGGGAAGCAUCGGUCACUAUAGAGAGCAAGUGCUUAGUGCUGGCCUUAAGCUCCUGUCAAGUCUUACACUCGGUGAGCAAUUUGCAGCAGCAGUAAAGUGCAUAUGCCACAUUAUGCCACUAUUCUACUUGCACCAGGAGAUGCUUACCGCUAGCCAGCAGUUCUUGGAGAACUUGCAGCGCUUAGUGGUGGCUGAUAACACAUACCUGGCAGCAGCUAAAAGCCUUGUCGGAUCCGAGCAUCCAGGUUGUGUGCUGAAGCAGCUUGCUGCCACCAUGACCAGUCACGUCCACCAAGCAAAACAGUGGGGCCUCCCAUCACUGCCUAUUAAGCUUUGGACACUGCUGCUAUUUCACCUUCCAGAUAUUCCCAUGCAUAGGGCGGUGUACAAAUCCAAGGGCAGGGAAAAUGUUAUGUACCUUCUUGAUGUUCUGGUACAGUUGGCUUAUUUUGAGGCAGACUGUUUUGAGAGCGUCGUAGCACAACUUACAGAACUGCUUGCCAACCUUGCUGCUCCAUCAGCCUCACAGUCUAUGAUGAGGACAGUGUUCUCCUAUGUGCUAGGCAACCAGACUGCCUCUUGGCCAGCUGUAGUUCCUCUAAACUCUGUGCCACAAUAUCCGUGGUUUGCCUUGGUGGGAAUGCUUGCGGAAGCUCAGCUUCCUGAAGUGGCCUCUGCUUGGAAAGCUCUUCUCUCAGCCAUGGCACAGUCGCCACAGGUGUCAGUUGAAGUUGUUAUUAAAAAAACAAUGCAAGCACCUGUAGAUGUUCACUUGCUGUACAGAUGGGCCAAUCAGGCCUUGCAGACUGAAGCAGACCAUCCAGCUCUCCCUCUGAUAUGGCAGCAGUUUUUCUCCCUCUACUUGCAGAGAUGUCCAAAUGGCAACAGUGUGGGCCCACGUUUCUUUGAAAGUGCUAAGUACUUCCCUUUGCUCAAAAAACUCAAGCGGCGUUUGAAUGAAUUGGCAGACCAUUCCUUCCAACAGUGUGCCACAAAGGAUGGAAUGUUAAAAGAUCUCUUUGAAACGCUGCUCAAGAUGUAUCGUACAUUUGGCUUGUGGUUGGAAGAGCCUCGUCUUCAGACGUCCAGCAUUGAUUUUAGUGCCUUGCCUUCCCAGUAUUGCCCUGAAGCACUGUGUGCUAUCAUUCAAGGAAACAACCAUCCCUGGCAUCACCUCGUCUCCUUAGAGCAUGGGCGAAGUGAGCUGCAACGCCUGCUACAAGUAGAGGAGCCACACGUCAGCCGCCCUUGUAGGAACAGGCAGCCAUGUGAGGAUUCUUCUGAAGAGCGCAUCAUUUCUCGACUCAAGACGUAUGAAGGGCCAAUGCCAGCACCCCCUGUGCCAACAUUACGACCCAUUAUUCCUGCUGUGCCUUACCUUGCACCACAAGUGCAGGAGCUGGUGUCCACUCAGCUGAAAGUGCUAUUGGGCCAUGCCAGCACAGUGACUAACCAGUUAUAUAAGCUAACCAAGUUGGAUCAUGUCUGCCGAGAGCAGCUGCUACCUGCACUCUAUGAUAAUGUUGCUGCAUAUGUGCACUUGGCUGUACCUUGUGACUAUCGUGAGGAAUGCAAAGGUCCCCUUCAUCUGAGACUGCAGUACUAUGAAGCUCGUCAGGCUACUGAAAUUAUGCACAAGGUCGAACAAAACAGAACUGAGUGGAUUGGCACUCUGACAGAGCUACAGCGUCCUCCACCACAUGCCUGCUGCUGUGCACAGGUGCAGCUUGAAGCUUGCCUUACUCAGCUCGUACAGCGAAACCGUCAAGUUUCCUCAGCCACUAAGGAAGCCCUAGAGGCUCUUGGAAGUCAAUUGUUUUUUGACUUGGUUGGGUCGCUGCACAAGGAGAUGGUGGAUUAUGCACCCACAAGACAGUUCAUAACAUUGUGCCUGGACAUGGUAGGAGAAGAGUUUGUGUCCAAUCGAGCUGACCAAUGCCUGCCUGUGUUGUUAGCAAUCCUUAAUGAUCCCCGCACAGUUGGUCAUGUAGCACCUUUCUUUAGUCCGACAGCAGCAAAUGAAGAUCAAUAUGCCCUUAUGUACCAGUCUGUAAGCUCAUGCAUUGUCCCAAGCCUGUACAAUGCAAUCUUUGUGCUUUUGUCAAAGUUUGAAUUGCCAUGUUGGCUGACCAGCUGUCAGCCCAAUGGAGCUGUACGAGAAAAGUUGCUAGAGUCCAUAGAAACAGCACUAUGUAAAUGCAGCAUUAACCCACCAGAAGCUUUGCUGCCACUAAUUGAAGUGUUCCAUGUGCAUUUACAUAACUUGCUACUAUUUCACUUCCCUGAGCACUAUUCAGUAGUCCUUGCUAUGCUUCUCAGAGGCACAGUAUCGUGCUCCAUUCCAGUGGCUACCUGGGGCGUCUUUCUGCAAGCACUUGGCUACUGCAUGCCAGAUGAAGUAGCGAAAGAAUAUGACGAGGAGUAUGCAAAGCAUCAGUGCUUCUUGUCCUUAGCUGAGACAACAGACACUAUAAAUGCCAUUGUUAACAGCUUUGCAGAACUUAGGAAGUCUGAUGCAUCCACAGUCAGAAAUGGCUUAUACAAUCGAGUGAAACCUUUUCUCCCUGUGUUGCCUCGCUUCUUCACAGUGAUUGCACACUGCUAUAUUUGGGAAAACCUAAAGGCUCCUAAUGAAAACUUGCUAGAGGCUGCUAAGACUGUUCUACUGCUCUAUGGACCUUGGCUUGAAUUAAGUGAUGGCAAGAGUAUAUAUGUACCAUGGCUACCAGGAGAUGCGAAAGAGGCUGCUUGCAUGGUGAACUCUCUGGCUACUGUACUGGCAUUCCUCCAUCAGUGCUGCCACGAUACCUGGAAUGUCAAUGUCCUGUCACUCGUCUGGCACCACUAUUUCAUUAAGUAUGUAUGGACUGACCCCCCAGAUUAUGUCAUUGUGACUGUCCAAAAUGCUUUUGGAACACUGCCGUGGUCGCAUUUUUCUCCCUCUGUGGAUGACAUGAGACUGGCUUGCAAACUAUUGGAAGGAAAGUACUCCAGUCACCUAAACUUUUUGGUGAAAGUGUUUGUGGAAGUGCCUUGGAAAGAGCGCCUUCAUCACGUACAGCAGCUAAUGCCUGAAUGUGCAGUGGAAUACUACUCAUGCUUUGCUGAACUUCUUUCCACUCUUGCAUGGCGUGAAGAUAUGACCACAUUCAUAGCUAGCACACUUGGUUCCCUGUCCAAGCAUGAAUGGAGCAUUUUACCUGUACAGCUGGUCCACCUGCAUCCAGAAGAUAUUUGCCUACAAUUGCACUUGUGGAGCUUUAUGGGACCUGCUUUACCAGCUGCUGAUGUCCAAGAUGUGACACUGCUGCUGCCACAGCUCCUGGACCAGUGUCAGUCAGUGCAGUGCUCAGUGGCCAUUCUGGGUAGGGCCCUUUCUCUUUUGGACAGUAGUUCCAAGGGCAGUGCUCAAGAACAAGCCUUGCGUGGAGGCUUGCUACCAUGGAUAGAUAUACGUUUAGGACAUCCAGUUCUGUUGGCCAUGCUAGCCGCAGCCUGCACUAACCUUGCUUCAGUACGCCAUCUAGUGUUCGUGUCUGAAGCUUGUCUUUCAGCAUUUUUUGAGGGAAAUGCUGCUGCUGACGGUGGCUGGGCACAGGCAGCAGGUGCUUUUCGAGUGCCAGAGUUGACUCUGGCUGUCUUCAGGGAAGAAUGUGCUUGCCAGGCUGCGCACCUGACCCAGUUGUGCUAUGUUUUGCACUGUUUGCCGCAAUGCCGCUGCCUUGAGGAUGAGCGCAUUCUGCUGGACCAGCUGGCCGACUGGGUGUCUCAAGGCCGAGCUGGUGGAGAGUCUGAACCUAAGCUGCUUUUACUGUGGGCCAAGCUCCUGGCUUUAAGCCUUCGCCAGCUAGACUUUGGCAGCAGUCCGCAGGCAUUAGAUAACCUCCUGGCAAAUUUCUGCUCAACACUGGGUGUCUUGGGUGAAGAUCGCGACACAGGUGGCCUUCUUGGAGCUCUGGGAAUGGGACGUCGGUCAUCAGUAUCCUUGAGGUUCAGGUUUUGCUGCCGUGCUAUGGCUGCCUUUGUGGCAGCACGACUUGUGGACAGCACUGUUCUAGCAGGUCAAACUCUUGCACGGCUUCAAGUUCUACAGACUACCAAAGCCUACCUACCACUGCAUCAGGAAAUUCAAGAAGCACUGAACCUUGUGCAAGACUCCAGCCUUACCCUGAGGGAUAGCCUGCACUUUAUUCAGACUCUCGUGAACUUUUUUUACUGUGAAAAGGCGUACCUGCGAAUUCUCUUUUUUGGCACCAUGUAAUAUUGAGUAGUGGACAUUCGAAAAAAAUUUGCCUUGCAGUGGCAGGGUGUAGAAAUUGAGACAGAGUGUCGUGCAAUAGAAUGUGAGAAAAUAAAUAUUGAUGGCUAUUAAUAUUUUGAGCAUUCAAUUCUUGUGCAGUAUCAUCAUUGCCUACCUCUAAAAUAGUUUUGAAAGCGAGGAGAAACACAUGUAGAAAAUGACCUAGGAUGAGUGCUUACUACAAUCAUUAUAGGUCUGUAUACUGCACUACAGCAGCAAGUAGCUUGAUGUCUUUCUUUUUUAUAAUGCAGUGCAGUUAAAAUAUAUGCAAAAAUUUAGACAAGGCAUGGUGAUAAAAUCAUAGCCCAAGCACUUUGUAUAGAUGAUUAGGUAGCAAAGCUUAAAUGUGUGGCAUUGGUGUUUAUUACUGGGCUAAUUCCAACCGUUCUUUAAUGUUCUUGCUAAUUAAUUACAUUGAUUCAGAACAGAAAUAUUCAUUUGUGUUUGCUGCCCAUGUGUUCCCAUUACGAUUUUUCGUGGACCAGCAGCGAGUAGUGUGGGGCUUCUCCAAUUUUUGCGGCACAGUAUGCAAUAAGAAGUUUUGCUAGCCAUGGACGAGCUUCAGUCUUAACAGAAAGUUACACUUGCUUGCCUUCUCGCCAUGUCGUACAGCACUGUCAUUCAUGGGAGACUCUUUGUUUCUCAUAUUGCUUCAGGGAAAAUUGCAUUCAGACUUGCAUAUGUGCUUGGCAAUUGUCUGGCAAUGGUUUGUUUCAUAGAUUCACAUAGUUGCUUUUGUUUAUAUAUUGUUUAUGGUCGGUACCCAUAAUAGAAUAAUCAGUUGGAGCAAUAGUUACAAUAUUUGUACAAAAUAGAGCUCUGUUGCAACUGAAGCAAUUUUUGAACGAAGUAUCUGAAAAGCACAACUUGAAAUUGAUGUGCCAGAUUUUAGCGUCACUUCUCAUGUCCACGUUUUUUUAAUGCUUUAACUUUAUGCAUGCCUUGUAGAAAGUUACAGCCAAUCAGUAAUUGCAACAUUUGCCCUGGGAAUUCAAUAUGUUCUCCAAUGCAAUUAUAUGUUUCAUAAUGGGGAACAGCGUGAACACGCAGGACAGGAAAAAACUGGCAGGACUUGGCACCAAGUCCUGUCAGUCUUUCAUGUUCUAUGCAUCCACACUAUUUCCUGUUGUGAAGCCAAGCCAUAAGUUGAAGUUCAUACCCAUUAUAUGUGCGGUAAGAAAAAAAAACUUGAAUUAUUAUAAUGUCAUUUCUAGCUCUUGCAUUUGCUUUGUUUGCUCCCUGUUAUUGAUUAAUCUGCUUUUUUUAUUUUUACAACAACUGUUGAUGAUUGGGGGAGUGUUGUUAUGCUUGAAUUGGUACAGUGAGUUCCGAAAAUGAAGAGAUAGCCGAGCUGGCCAAAUGAAAAGAUGGAGUUUCCAUGACAUUUUCUUUGAUGCGUUAUACCAGUACAAGUUUUUUUUCCGCUGCUGCAUUCCUGCACCACUGUUCUAUCUGGUUUCAUCAGCAGAUGCAAGCACACUAAUGUGAUUCUUUUUUAAAAGAAAAUUAUGGUUCUUUCGUAGCAGUAAUGAAGAGAAUCAUGUGCAACUUCCAUGUGGUGUAAGCAGUAUGUGGUGGCAGUGCUGUCAGUUGUGAUUACCACUUAAAGAGAACCGAAAUAAAUUUUUUUUAUCAACCAA